AAUGUGUUAAGUCAGCACAGAGUUAAAAGAUGGAUCUGUUUUCUCUGUCUUUAUCUGUCUGUGUUCUGAUGGUUUGUCUGCCAGGAGCUGCAAGAUUCUCGAGAGCUGAUGAGAACAGCUGCCCAUGCCUAGAAAUUCCUCAAAGCACGACUAGACAAGAGGCCUGCUUCCAAACUGGUAGCACUUACAGCUACACAUGUGUAGAAGGUGACGCGAGGACUCUCAGAUGCAAAGAAAAUGAAGGUGUUGCACAAUGGACAAAGUACCAGCUUGACUGUAUACCUUACCAAAGGAGAACCACAACACAGUCAACAGCUGCAGCAGCAACUGACGAGAACGGCUGUCCAUGUCCAGAAAUUCCUGAGAGGAAUUUAACUAAGCCUCCAACACAGACCUGUUUCCAAAUUGGCAGCCGAUUUCACUACCAAUGUAUAGAUGGUUACGUGAGGAAAUCGGGAACCUCAAAUCUCAUCAAAUGCGAGGCAACUGGAGGUGCUCCACAGUGGACCCAGCCCACGCUCGAGUGUAUACCAACUUCCAUCAGGGACAUGAAGCAGAAUGUGAGCAUUUUAUCAUCAGUGACUGAAGAAAGAAACACCACAGAGUCAACUAGACAUGACGAGAACGGCUGUCCAUGUCCAGAAAUUCCUGAGAGGAAUUUAACUAAGCCUCCAACACAGACCUGUUUCCAAAUUGGCAGCCGAUUUCACUACCAAUGUAUAGAUGGUUACGUGAGGAAAUCGGGAACCUCAAAUCUCAUCAAAUGCGAGGCAACUGGAGGUGCUCCACAGUGGACCCAGCCCACGCUCGAGUGUAUACCAACUUCCAUCAGGGACAUGAAGCAGAAUGUGAGCAUUUUAUCAUCAGUGACUGAAGAAAGAAACACCACAGAGUCAACUAGACAUGACGAGAACGGCUGUCCAUGUCCAGAAAUUCCUGAGAGGAAUUUAACUAAGCCUCCAACACAGACCUGUUUCCAAAUUGGCAGCCGAUUUCGCUACCAAUGUAUAGAUGGUUACGUGAGGAAAUCGGGAACCUCAAAUCUCAUCAAAUGCGAGGCAACUGGAGGUGCUCCACAGUGGACCCAGCCCACGCUCGAGUGUAUACACAAGAACAGCUGUCCAUGUCUAAAAAAUCCUCAUGGGAAUUUUACUAAAUCUUCACCAACAGCCUGCUUCCAAAUUAGCAAUAAUUAUAGCUACCCAUGUAAAGAAUUUUACAUGAAGAAGAUGGGGACCUCAAACGUCAUGAAAUGCAAGCACAUUGAAGGUGUUCCACGGGGGACCGAGUACAGGCUCGAGUGUACACCAACUUCCACCAGUGAGAUGAUGCCAAGUGCAAGCGCUUCACCAUCAGUGACUGAUGAACGAAACAGCACAGAGGCAAUCACACAUGGUAAAGAGCUUAAACUCCAUCCAUCAUUAUUCUUUGAUGAAGUUGAAGAACAUCCCAGUGCAGACAGCAGACAGUGUGAGGCCUGUGAAUCCUGGCCCAUCUGGACUGUACCUAUAGAGACUGUCCCCUAUAGUACCCCGUGA